GCCUACAACCCCAGACGGCACUUCCACAUUCAAUCUUCCGUUUUCUAUAAUUUCUUCUCUUCCACCAACCCCAAUCACCUCUUUCUCUGUUUCUUUCUGGCGCUGUUCUCUCUGAAUUAUUUUGUCACUGUUUCUAAUGGCUCGCCUAGCCUCUCUGUCUCUGAUUUUGUUCAUGGUGGUUUUCGCCUCGUCUGCUUGGAGUUCUGAAGCCAGAAAGCUUUUGGUUAUCAAGGACGAAGAGAAGAGAGCUCCUUCUAUGGUGGACUCGUUGUUUCUCAGUGCCCUUCCAAAGGGCAACGUGCCUUCUUCUUCCCCAAGCCAUAAGGGCCAUGCUGUCGUCGUCAACGAGAAACUCAUUGCUCGACACCUUAUUAGCAUCGAGCGGAUUCUUCAGUCUGUUCCAAGCCCCGGCAUGGGUCAUUAAUAUUAUUAUUAUUAUUAUUAUUAUUCAUUCUUAUUCAAACAUAUUUUUUAAUUACUUUAUUAUAUGAUUUUCAAAGGAAAAAAAAAAUUUUUUUUUCUUAUAUAUAUUUUUUUCUUUUUCAGUUUUCCCAAUUUUUUAUAGAUCUUUUUUUGUGGGUUGGCUUUAAGACAGAGAAUUUAGAAUACAGCAGCUGAAAUGUAUAGACAGUUCAGUUUUUACAUGAUAGUUCAUUUGUACCUUCUAGCUAAGAGGCCUAGAGGCAGAGGGAUUCAUUUUGUAUUUCGCAUUCCUUUACAUCUAUAAGAAUUUUUACAUUCAUAGUUACAUUAAAAUUGUAUAAUCUCUCAUCUCGUUUAAUUUUUUCAAUAAGAAAAUGAAUAGCAGUAUAUAUAUAUGUAUAUAUAUGAUAGAUAAAUUCCCUUAUUAUUAUUAAA